UUAUUUAACAUAACAUAGUUUUUCGCUAAUAACUUAAGUUAGAGGAGACAAAACUGCACCCAUCUUCUUCAUCUUCGAAUUACGCUUUCACUUCUUAUGUUUGUGUCUAAACCUGAGACAAAAUACAAAAAUUACUUCAAUAUAACCGCGAGUGUAAAUAUCCUUGGAAUAUCCCAUGGUUUUUCCAUAUUACAGCUAAUUUUGUGUAAAAUAUGUGUGUGUUUUCAAUAUAUUUAGUGUAAAAUGAAAGAAAUCCAGUGGUAUAUGUUAUAGAAGUCUCAUAUUUCCUUAGUGUUUUCAUCGUUCAAAGUAUUGAUUUUUCUAAUCUAGAAAUGGCUACUAAGAUUGAUGCAGAGGUGGAGAUGUGUGACCAGGAGUACGCCCUCGAGGAAGUAAGCGUAGACAAGAUUGAUGAUGGUUUAUAUUUAGGUAAUCUAGCAACUGCCCGUAACUACAACACAAUGAGGAGACUCGGCAUCACACACAUCCUCACCAUAGACCUCGUCCCUCUACCGCAGGUCAUACAGCGUCACACACCCAAAUUCACCUGCAAAUAUAUUAAAUUGGCUGAUAUACCAAAGGAGGAUCUGAUUAGCAUCCUGCCUGUUACAAAUGAAUUCAUAAAGGAGGCUGUUGCCAGCGGUGGUACAAUCCUGGUACAUUGCUACUUUGGCGUAUCCCGCUCAGGAGCAGUAGUAGUCGGGUACAUAAUGUCCAAGUACAAGCUAUGUUACGACGACGCGCUGUACGUGGUACGCAGCAAGCGACGGUACGUGCACCCCAACAUGGGGUUCGUGGCGCAGUUGAAGCUGUGGGGCCACAUGGGCUGCCGGAUAGACAAGGACGACCCGCGGUACAAGCAGUUCCGGCUCAAGAUGGCUGGCCAGAGGCUGAAAACAGUAAAGAUCCUGCCGCAACUCUUCGCGGACCUGGUGAAGCCGGACCCGGGACUGACCCGCGAGCGGCCGGACCCCAUCGUGUACCGCUGCAAGAAGUGUCGCCGCGUCGUCGCCGGGCACGACAACAUCAUCCCGCACGUGCCGAGACCGUUGAGGAUACAAAAAACGAAGAAGAACAUGAGGCCUCCACCAAGCACGGUGUCAGAGCUGCAGUACGUGGAGACCGGCCACGUGCUCUAUGAGAAGCUGAGGGAACUGGCUCAGGACUACCUGACGACGAACCAGCGCAGCUCCGCCGACAGUGACAGCGAAAGCCUGGGGCGUGUAGGCGACCGUGUCACGGGGGAAGACAGUGGAGAGGGGUCUAGUCAGGAGUUGUUAGAUGGAUACAGCGAGCACAACCUAGUGGACGGCCACAUCGCGGGGCGCGACGAGCCCGAGGUAUGCCGCCAGAUGUGGUUCGUGGAGCCCAUGAGCUGGAUGGAGGGGGUGUCCCACGAGCCGCAGGGCAAGCUGCACUGCCCCAAGUGCAAGACCAAGAUUGGCAGCUUCAGCUGGGUUAUGGCUUGCAAAUGUCCGUGCGGUCAGAAAGUAGCCCCAGCGUUCUACCUGGUACCCUCGAAAGUUGAGUGGUCCAACAUCGUGCAGAAUGUACAAGUUACGAUAUAAAACAAUAUUUUGACACACAUAAAUAAAAAAAUAUACUUAGACCGACAAGAAUCUUUUGGCGCGUGUAUUGCAAGUCAAUAUAUUUAUGAAAACAUUAUGUAUGUAUGUAAAAAUGUAACUCUCAUUAUAGGUAAUAUUUAAUCUUAAUUAAAACACAUAAUAACGGGUUCUUACCGGGUUUAAAAUAGGGAUAUGAGACUCCCGGUAUUUCGACACUGUUGCAAGUGCCAUGAUCACGGGAUGACUGAUGAGAUUGGAGUGGAAUAGGUAGAUCCAUAAUUUUCUACGGGCAGACAUAUCUGUUUACCCUCGUUCUUUGCCGCUUGUUUAUGUAUUUGAUAUCGGAAUGUUCGGAACCAUCUGAAGUCGCACCAAACUCACUACGACAAACCGCAAUCACUGUGUCCUCACGUUUUGUCACCACAUUAGGCCGUUUUAAGCUUUUUACAACUCCUACUACUGGAUUCCACAUGCUCGAUAAUUUGAAUAUUGUGACACGGUGCUCUCAGUCGGUAGAGCAUGAGACUCUGAAUCUCAGGGUCGUGGGUUCGAGCCCCACGUUGGGCGCCAUUUGUGACACGGUGCUCUGUGUCGGUAGAGUUCGGGGUUCGGUGCGUGAAUUUCCUCACGGUCUCUCCAGGGUGGCAGAAUGAAACAGUCCAGGUGGUGAUACGAAAGGUCCGCGUUUAUUAACAAAACGAGAGGUACACUUCACAGUAACACUAGUGAUUCUAAUGUAGGAGCAACAAACAAUAUUAUUUAACAGUCUCUCACAUAAAAUUAGGAAAUACGAAUAAUUACAAAAUUAUAUCAGAAUAGCGUGAACCAUUUCAAGUACGCUCAAACACGGAAUCUAGCGGGGAGCCGAAUCUCGCGCCGUCCAAUCAGCGUGCCGGACGCGGGCCGCGCGGCCGGCGCGCGUGCGCGUAGCGGUAGCGUCGAUUUAGACGCGACGCGAUUGGAGGGUGCGACCUGAGGGGGUGAAGUGUGCGGCGGAGGGGAAUUUAAAGAUCGGCGCGCUACAAUAUUUAAUCUGCCUAGCCUGCCUUGGAUCUGCCUAGCCUGCCUUGGAUCUGCUUAGGCACAUCAUGUUCUGCGUAGGCAGAUCGCGAUCAUCCCAAUUUACCGAUCGGCCCAUGACAUAUACAUCGAUUUAAAAGACGUGUUGCUGUUGCAGUUUCUUGACAUUUCUUCUCCUCUACCAGAACACCUUUCGAAAUGACAUAGAUAAACAGCCUAUAUACGUCCCACUGCUAGGCACAAGCCUCCGCUCAAUCAAACGUUCCCAAAGUGGUAACAUUCGGAACGUCACGCGAGACGAAACAUCCUUGUCGGUCUAUACCAAAGCAAAAUUAUUUUUGUCAUUUCACUGAACCAAUUUAGGGAUUUAUUCAAUUCACUAGAUUUGUUUAGGGAAAAGAUAAAAUCGUGUUGUUAUUUUAACAUCCUCCGUGAUUUGAUCAAAUCCCUUAGGGAAUUGAUCAAAUCCCCGUUUUUAUCAUAUCCCUGCGACAUAUAUAACUACUUACCAUAAACAAAAGUCAGGUCUAACAACAGCACAACGAUUUCAGGUAUGUUAGCCACAUUUAAAUGAAUAAUAUAACAAUUUUGUGUAGUUAAAUAACUUUUAUUUCCAUGUGUAAAAUGAGGGAUUUUCCAUCCACGUUCCCCAAACACACGAUAGAUGGCGUUGUUUUCUUUUAACGUGAUAAUUACCUAUUUUGUCAUUGCUAGGGCACAUAGUUAUUGAAAAAUGUAAUGUAAUGGCAGAAGCAUAUAUAAAACUAAUUGUUGCUUGACAUUUGGAUCACAUUAUGUAUGUAUGCAUCAACGAUGUUGCUACCAGUGGCGGAUUUACAAAUUUGCCGCCAGUAGGCUAUUCAAAUUUUGCCGCCCCUACUGACCUCUGAAAUUCGAUACUAAUUAUAGUCGAGUGCACAGCGCUACCAAAAACACGGCGCAAAGUUAGCAAAAUAUGUUCGGUUGAAGCCCGUACAGACGUAAGAAUGUUCAGUAUACUGUGCAUUACUAAAAUGUUAUAACUCUUGUCACUUGUUUCUUUGUGUAUAGGUAUAAUAUCUAUUAUUUUACUUCUGUAAGACAAAAAAAAAAUUGGGCCAAAUUUGCCGCCCCCUAAAAUCUGCCGCCCUAGGCUUCAGCCUACUCAGCCUACUGGUAAAUCCGCCACUGGUUGCUACCUAUAUUGCUUCUCUUUAUUUUAAUCAGAAUAAUAAUGGGUGGAAGUUGUAAUUGUACCUUGGUGUAAAAAGGGUCGUCAUUUAUACCCAAAAACAAAGAUAAAAGAUGCAUAUGUCUGUUAUAUAUGAAAUUAGAAGUUUAAACGGAGAAAAAACGUGUUUUUGGGGAACGCCGAUUGGAAUGUCCCGCAUUACCAGACGUAGACUAGAUUCAAAAUGGCUGUUUAAAUAGUGAAGCGCAUUAAUUUUAAGCUGAUUGUAGAUGUUUUAGUGUAGUUUUAUCGAUUUCACACCCAGGACACUCCAUACAAACAUCUAAUUCUUAUCAUGCAAAUGCAAGCGAGACAGACAGUCCUCGCGCGUUCCCCCUCUCUCCUUAGUAGCUUACGGCCAUUUCGACUAAAUUAAGACCCAGAGGGGGUGAGGUAAAUCUAGUUCUGUGCCCGUUUCGAAUUGGUGCGGGGCGGAGAAUUACCGUUCUAUACGUAAUAUUAUUCUUGAUUCUGUGCCCAUUUGCACGCCAUUUUAGGGAGAAUUUAUUACCGCAUUGCCGUCGUAUCGAGUUAACGAGUGCUUAUAGCGGGAAACCCACAUUCUUGUAUUGGGCUGGUUCUCCAUUUGCGGGUUGGAAGGUCAGACAGGCAGUCGGAUCUGUAAAAAACCGGACCUGUCAAAUCUUCAGAUUAGGUAAGCGCGCUAUAGCUUGAUAUGGCGUUCUGAAGCAACCUUAUAACGUGCUGACAGAUGUGGUUCAACCUUUAUUGCAAGAAAAUACUUAAAAACUAAACUGGAGGGAGACGACCUCAUCGCUAAAAGCGAUGUUUUCCAAAAAACCUUCGAUAGACAUGCGAUACGUGGCAAGGAUAAAAGGAUUCGUUAAUAUACUUCACAGAUUUGAAUUACAACAUGAGAGUCGGUUAUAUAGUUCUAUAUUUUAGGAAAAUUCCACUUAGAAUCAUGGUCUCAAUUAUCCUCCUCAGUAUUCGUUACGAUGUUAACAACACCCUGUAUAUAAUUUAAAAAGUAAUUUCGUAAAAGGUAUAAAAAAAUCCCAAAUGCGGAUAGUUUUGGUGCUUCAAAAGAUAUUAUUUUAGUACCUCACAAAUUCUU